AUGACAAACAUUGGGCGAUUCGAUGCUCGAUCCCGCAAUAUCGUGCUUACCUCGUGGGCCAUAGCUGCAUGGGGCCAAAAAGAUAUCAGACCUUAUCAGAAUAGUGUUCCACGUUUUGAUGUCGGCAUAUAUUCGGUGCGCUCAUUUGGUCUUCUUCUUUGGCCUAUUGGUAACAAUUUUUCACCUCUUUCUAUCGUCAUCUCCCAGGAGACAGGCAAGUCCAGGAUCUCUCAUAGCAGACCGUGGACUACGUUUCAUUCUGCCUUGAGAGGUCCAGAGGAGUAUCAGGUAUGCCCUGAUACUACGAAGACGUCAAAGAUGAGGGGCGCCAGCAGACCAUCACGCCACCACCAGGGCCACAGCUACUUGGAAACUAUCUCUUGCGGCAAUCAAUUUGGCAUCCAGGAUCAACCAUCUUGA